AUGGCGAUUGUAGGAGAUGCUGAACGAAAUGAAAAAGAACAACGCGCAGCAAAGGAACGUGGUGAAGAUACAUCUCAUUGGAUCCAUCUAGACGAUGACGAGUAUGUUCUAGCGGACAAAAAGACUUAUAUCGAUUUCGUUAAACGCACUUUCGCUGCUCCGGAUGAAGAAGCACGGACAAAAUUAAGGCGGGAGAGUGCCCGUCGAUUGUAUGGAUCAAAGGCUGAGCAGAUUUUGGCCAUGGAGACACUGAUGGAUAUGCGAUUCGAGCAGGAAUAUGCCAGAAAACGACCACCGCUGUGGCCUAAUAUUCCGCUGAAAUUAUGA